UGUUCAAACGUUCUAUCUAACAGGCGAAAAGUUUUGGGGUGGGAUGCCUAAACAAGGCCUAAUAUUCGGUUCAAGCACAGCUCACAAUCCAACUCAAUUCUGGCAUGGGAAGGUGAACUAAAUAAAGAGAUAAGUAGAGCACGAGUGAUAAGUAGAAAGGCCCACGCGUACCUCGUCCUUGUCGGGCGGCGCCCACUUCCGCUGCUUCCUCUUCUCCUUGCGCCGCUUCUUCUUCUCCUUCUCCUUGCGCCGCUUCCUGCUGACGGGAUCCGCCUCGCCGAGCUCCACCACGGCAUCCUCGUCGAUCUCGUCCCCGGACGAAAAGGCGUCGGCCGCGAACCCGGCGCCGCCGCGCCGUUCGCCAUGAGCAGCUGCGUCUGCACCUCGAUCCGUUGAUGGGGAACCCCACGCCACCCACAGACGCGAUCUGCUUCACCGGCGGCGGCGGCGGCUCAGCUCGUGGUGGGGAGGUGGCGCCUCUGCGUCAACCUCCACCAAGGCCCAUGACGAGGAGGCCAUCAAGUAGCCCUCCGGGAAGGAGGGGAUCAAGAAGCCGCUGCGGACCAAGCACAGCAAUGGCGACUUCCCCGUGGAUAUGCGGUAGCAGCGCCGCCUCGACGACCACGACCUUGUGCUGUCGCAUCCUUCUUUUCGAUCUUCUUGGGUGUCCCGAAGAGAAGUCAUGUGUAAAGACAGCCUCAAGAUCAAGCAAAUGUCUUUCAAGGAAGCAAACGCCAAAUGCAAGAAGAAUCAUACCAUCUGUCUCCAAUGCUUCCUGGAGAACUUUGGGAGCAAGUCCCCGGUUCGUCUGAUUCGUAAUGACGAUGCUUCUUCCGCUUUCUUCUCUUUUGCUUCAUCUUCUUUUUCUCAUGCUUCAUCUUUUCUCUUCCUCGCAGACGCGGUUGCAUUUUUAUCGACACCUUAGUUCUUCCUCUUUUUUCUCUUUUACUUUAUCUUUUUUUUUCUCAUGCUUAUCUUUUCUUCGUCAUCUUCUUUUUCUCAUGCUGGGGGAGUAUCAUGCAACCACAGGAUGUUUUGUUCGUGCGAGGAACGAAGGAGACCUCGGUCUUCACACCUAUUGUCAUGAUCAGCGGUCAGCGCUGACCUUUUGAUUUGCUUUUCCGCUCGAGACAUUUAAUUUUUUUCGUUCAGAUCAUUGGAAACUGGAUAAAAAUACGGUGGCGACGAACGCGACCACGCUUCCGUCUUCCGUCUUCACGAGAUGGAAUCGUAUUCCGUUUGAGUCAGAGUCCUAUUCCGAUCCAGAGUUUAGAUGGAAUUCUGUUCUGACGCAAGCACUGAUGUUUGGUCGGAUUCCCUCCUGCUCGGAUUGGGGAGCUAUAAAUAUAGGGGGAUCAGGUCACGUUGCUUCCAAGAUUGCGAGUUUCUCUUCAGAAAUCACAACAGAACUAGUUCUUCCAGGAUUGCAAGAGCCAAGAGCCAGGGUUUUACUGUACAAACUCUGAACUCUGAAGAUUUGCCAACUUUUGCAAGUCCGAUUCUGAUCCAGAGUUUACACGGAAAUCUGCCCAUGUUCUCAUUUAACCACUGAAGUUGGUGAGAUUUCCUCGUCCUGCUCGGGUUGGGGAGCUAUAAAUUCAGAGCGAUCAGGUCACAUUGGAGUCUUUUCUUCAGAAAUCAUUCCAGGAUAGCAAGACAUCCAAGAGCCAGGUUCUUUUUAACAGGCAAUAUGGGCUGUACAAUCUCCAAAGUUUUCCCAAGUUUUGCAGAGAAAUUCUUGAAAGAAGCCAAGGCAGGAAAUUCACCGGAGCUGCCGCAGGAUGUGCUGAUGGAGAUCUUUGCCCUCCUGGAGGUCCCUGACCUCGUUCGUGCUGGCUCGGUGUGCUCCUCAUGGCGCGCUUCGUAUAUCAGUCUAUGCAAACUUGGAGGCUACAGGCAGGCUCAGACGCCAUGCCUGCUCUACACCUCUGAAUCUGCUGGUGAGAAUGUGGCAUGCCUCUACAGCCUCGCGGAGAAGAGGGCAUACAAGUUAACCAUGCCAGAUCCACCUAUCCGUAGCAGGUAUAUAAUCGGGUCCUCUCAUGGUUGGAUCAUCACGGCAGACGAGAGAUCUGAGCUGCAUCUCGUUAACCCCAUCACAGGUGACUAGAUCAACUUGCCUACGGUCACCACCAUUAAGCCGGUAAAGCCUGUCUACGAUGACGCCGGCGUUGUUCACAAGUACGAGUACCCAUGUCAUGUUGGCGGUCAGCACAAUUGGGCUGAACCCUCAACAUAUUCUCUUAGGUUGCUUCGGAAAUACAUAUUUAAAAAGGCAUUUCUGUCAUCUGAUCCAUCCAUGGGGGACUACUUUGUAGCGCUCAUCCAUUAUCCGCUAGCGCAACUUUCAUUUGCAAGAGCAGGGAGUGAUAAAUGGACUUGGCUGCCUCCUCACACUGAUUUCAUGGAUUGUUUGUUUGAGGAUGGCUUGCUUUAUGCACUCAAUUCAGCAGGAGAAGUCCAUGCGUUUGAUCUCAGUGCCCCUACGGUAACUCAAAAGGUGGUUCUGGAGGAUGUAAAGGCAUACAUCGAGGAGAACAUGUACUUUGCUCGAGCUCCCUCUGGUGAUUUGUUGCAAAUUUGGAGGUCAUUGGCCACAAAUCGCGACGAUUAUUACGUGGAUCAGACAGAUGGAGAUGAUUCAGAACAUGGAUCAGACCAUAAGAAUUGGAUUGACGAUUAUGUGGAUCAGACGGAUGGAGAUGUUCUACAAUUUGAGUUAGACAAGUACGAGGAUGAUUUGGAACAUGCAUCAGAACAUGAGAAUUGGAGGGCUGGAGAUGGUUUGAAGCCUGAGUCAGAUGAGGAUGAGGAUGAGGAUGAUUUGGAGCCCGAGCCAAACACUGAUUCACUUGUGGUAAAUACCAACAUGAUUAAAGUAUUUAAAGUGGAUUUUUCUGCAAAAAUGCUUGUGGACAUAAACAGCUUAGGUAACAGUGUGUUGUUUCUUGGGUAUAAUCAAACUCUUUGUCUAAAUGCUGAUGUAUAUCCACAGUUGAAGCCAAAUCAUAUCUACUUUACAGAAGAUGAUAGCUUAUAUCUAUUUAGGUGUAAGAAGAACCGCCGCGAUACUGGAGUCCUCGACUUGGAAAAUGAUACCAUCGAGCCGAUAGUAUCUCCGGAGCUUUGGUCCAACUGGCCAGUCCCUAUAUGGCUUAUACCGAACCCCAGGAAGAUGAUUUCAGCAUCACACAAUUAGGGAGAAGAUGUUUUCCUUCAUCCAACCUCUUAUCUGUGGCUCUGAUUGUUAGUUAUGAGAAAGAUAUUUAGUAGUAAUGUGUAAUAAAAGGAUAUAUGGGAAAAAUAAUAUUUAUGUA